GCAACAUUUAGACUUCAUAAACCCAACACCCUUUGCUCUCCAGAUCUCUCUAAAAGCUUGUUUUUUCAGUUCGGGUCGGAUUAUUCGUUUCAAGAUUUUCUUGAUUACCCGUUUCAAGAUUUUCUUGAUCACAAUGGUGGAGGCUCCCAACUCGGGGACUGCAUUCUCGGACCCAUUUGCCAAAGGAACCGGGUUGACCGAACCCGACGCGAAAAGGAUGAAGAGGAACGCGGAUGAUGAUGGUGGUAAUAGUACUAGCAAUAAUAACAGCAAGCAUCCGGUUUACAGAGGGGUUCGGAAACGGGCAUGGGGGAAAUGGGUAUCCGAGAUCCGAGAACCCAAGAAGAAAUCUCGGAUCUGGCUUGGGACCUUCUCCAACCCGGAGAUGGCGGCACGUGCGCACGACGUCGCUGCACUGUCCAUCAAAGGGAAGACGGCCAUCCUUAAUUUCCCCGAACUAGCGGAUCUUUUGCCCCGACCCGAAUCAUGUUCGCCACGCGACAUCCAAGCCGCUGCGACCAAAGCCGCUUCCAUGGAGCAGCUCAACCCGACAACCAUCGCAACAACAACAACAACCACCGCAACGCCUCCGUCAACACCCUCCACGUCAUCAUCAUCUUCUUACUCAGUGGGUUCCACGUUGACAUCCUCGUCAUCAACGGCGUCGUUGGUGACAUCGGAGGAGGUGUCCACUGGCACGCCGCCGGCGGAGGAACUGAGCGAGAUAGUAGAACUACCUAGUUUGGGAACGAGUUACGACUCGGCCGAGUCGAGGGAUGAUUUCGUGUUUGUGGACUCGGUUUGGGAUUACUACUCAUCGCCACCGUGGCCGGAGGAUUAUGAUGACGUUGGAUAUUUCGGCGGAGAUCCGCCGUCUUCUUCCGGGAGUCUUCUUUCCUCUAGUGGCUUUUUCUUUGAUACCUUAUUAUGGCAAAAUUAAUAAUAAUAACAAUAAUAAAAAAAUCUAAAA